UGUUCUUUGCCUUCGCUUCCUCGAGUGCCAUCUGAGCUCGAAGAUCUACUUUCAGAGUGUUCGUCGAGCAGCAAGCGAAUUCGCUACGUUUCGUGGUGGUAUUUCGACCCUCCUUAAAUCCAAUAACAUGACCUGGGGACAGUCAGCACCUAAAUAACCGUGUGUCCGGUGACCUUAGUGCCGAUAUCUGUGUUCGAAGUGUUAUUACUUUGUGAUCUGUUGGAAAUUGUCUGAUAGCGAUGCCUUGUUCGGCCGUAACUCUCAGUUUGGCAACAGUCACUUCCAUCAUAGCGGUUGCUCUUUUAGCUAUUGCUUUUGCAACGGAUAACUGGUUGUACAUCGAAGUUAGGAGGUCAGAUAUUCAGAACUAUUUGAGCACACAUUCGGACCCACAGAAUCAGGCACUUUUGGAAAGUCUGAACUCGAAAUAUUAUUACUACACAAGGACGAAAGGACUGUUUAGAAUAUGCUAUCCCAAGGAAAGAGAGAGACCACCAGGUGUAAAGAUCUACCUGAGUCCCGUAGAAACUUAUUGUAGCAACGUGAACUACUACAUUCCAGAUGAGAACAACGACACCAGAGAUUUUACGGAUGAUGCUUGGACAAGACUGCAUAUGGGACGCUCGAUGAUAGCUCUCUUCAUUAUUUCUUUCAUUUCCGUCUUUGCUGCCUUUUGCACUGGAGUGACGGGAUGUUGGAGGAGAUCCCCGGGAAAUAUCACUGGAACAGCGAUUCUCAUGUUAGUGGCCUGUCUCCUAAGUGCCGGUGCUAUGGGUCUUUGGCAUGGCGUUGAAUAUUACGAAAAAGAAAAACAAGUCGGUGAGGAAUUCUACCAACAGUGGAGUAAUGUCCUUCGGGAUAACACACGGGUCAACUACGAUUGGAGUUACAUGUUAGCCUGGGUUGGCGUCGGGUGGUCUUUGGUGGCAGCCGUUUUGUUCUCCGGAGCUGCCAUGUGCCUUAGAGGGGAAAGGGAGCGCGAGGAAGCUAUCAACAUGCAGUACUUAAUGCCUGUGUACCCACAAAAACAACAAUACGCGUAUGCUGGCUACCCAGUACCUCAACCGCAACCCUACACGGGACCUUACUAUACAACAGGAUCAGCAUAUGGGCCAUAUAGUUAUUAAUAAUACAAUAAUACAUACUGUUAUACAAGAAGAUUAUAGACUGUCUUCCAUUACCUGCUUUUAUAAAAUGUGACGAGAAUAAUUACACUAAAAAUUAAUUUCUUUAAUUUUUAGUGUAAUCUGAAUAGGUAUUUAAAAGGAAAAAGAAAUCAUAUUUUUAUAUGCUCAGGGCAAAAUAUUAUUUUGCUACGUUUUUACCACCUACAGUAAUAUUUAAACAUAUCAAAAAACUCGAUACUUACAUAUAAUUAAGAUUCGACAAUUUUUGAGAUAAUUGUCUUAAAAUCAAUAAGGUAAUCAGACAAUAUUUUGUAUAUAUUAGAUAUAGUUUUUGAUUAAUUCAUUAUCAAUAUAGCAUAUCUGUUUUUAUUUUAUAUGUGCAUAAAAGCGACUGUGUAUUUUAUUUAUGAGAAGUAUACAACGAACAAAACGUAUAAUAAUAAUUAUUUAUAUCGUUAGUAUUAAAUGUGUAUUUUUGUAUGUUCGAAGUUUUCUAUAUGAACAAUAAGUUAUUUUUAACAAAUGGUGUAAAUUUAUAAGGAAACUUAAAAAAUAAAUAUUA